AGGCCCAGUCCGCGGCGCGCGUUCGUGCGCGCCCGGCGCUAGGUCCCGUCCUCCUCGCCUGAGGGAGCGAGCGGGCAGUCGGGCCGCGUCGGGUGUGCUCGAAACCCAGCCCCGAAGUCCCACAGCGAGGCGCGUAGUUCCGGGUUGAGACGGGUGGCGUCGCCUCCUCACCCGACCCCGUCCAGCGCGGCGCCUGGGGCCAGGAGAGGAAGAUGGCGGCCUCCGUGCUAGGUGCUGCGUGGAUACAGAACCUGAGGAGCCGAGGGAUGCGGGCCUUGGGGCUAAUGUCACCUCAGAGUGCAGGUCUGCAGUCAUGUAUCCACACAAGUGCUUCUCUUGGCAUUUACCGGAAAUGGGAGAAGAAGAAUAAAAUUGUUUACCCUCCACAGCUGCCUGGAGAGCCUCGGAGACCAGCAGAAAUCUACCACUGUCGAAGACAAAUUAAAUACAGCAAAGACAAGAUGUGGUAUCUGGCAAAAUUGAUACGAGGAAUGUCUAUUGACCAGGCUCUGGCUCAGUUGGAAUUCAGUGAUAAAAAAGGCGCCCAAAUAAUUAAAGAGGUUCUCUUAGAAGCACAAGAUAUGGCAGUGAGAGACCACAAUGUGGAAUUCAGAUCCAAUUUAUAUAUCGCUGCGUCCAACUCAGGGAGAGGCCAGUGCCUGAAACGCAUUCGCUACCACGGCAGAGGUCGCUGUGGCAUCAUGGAGAAGGUGUACUGCCAUUACUUUGUGAAGCUGGUGGAAGGGCCCCCACCUCCACGCGAGGCCCCCAAGACAGCCCUGGCCCACGCCCAGGAGUACAUCCAGCAGCUUCGAAACCGUACCAUCAUUCACGCUCUGUGACAGGCUCAGACUGGCAGUGUAGAUAUCUUUAAAAAUAAAAGUUAAAGACAAAUA